CUGUGUGUGGUCAGGACAAAACAUGGCGGACCCCGCAACCAAAAGACAGGAGUCCUUCACUUGUCCAGUUUGUCUGGAUCUACUGAAGAAUCCAGUCUCCAUUCCAUGUGGACACACGUAUUGUUUGGGCUGCAUUGAAGGCUGCUGGGAUCAGGAGGAUGGUAAAGGCAUCUACAGCUGCCCCCAGUGCAGACGGACAUUUAGGCCGAGACCUGCUGUCAGUAAAAACACUCUGAUUGCUGAGAUGGUGGAGGACUUUAGGAAGACUGGACUCCAGGCUGCUGUUGCUGCUCAGUCUUCUUUUGAACCUGGAGAUGUGGAGUGUGACGUCUGCACUGGGAGAAAACUCAAAGCCGUCAAAUCCUGUCUGGAUUGUCUGUUGUCUUACUGUGAAAGUCACUUCAAAGCUCACAAUGAUCUAAAUCCAGGAAGAAAACACACAGUGGUUGAUGCCACAGGCCAGCUACAGGAGAGGAUCUGCCCCCGUCAUCAGAAGGUGUUUGAGAUAUUUUGUCGUACUGAUCAGAGGUUUAUCUGCUACCUGUGCACGAUGGAUGAACAUAUAGGCCAUGAGACAGUUGCAGCUGCAGCAGAACGGACCGCCAAACAGAAGCAGUUGGGACAGACCCAGAGGAGAUUCCAGCAGAGUAUCCAGGAGAGAGAGAAGGAGCUGCAGGAGCUGAGGAAGGCUGUGGAGAAUCUCAAGAGCUCAGCACAGACAGCAGUGGAGGACAGUGAGAGCAUCUUCACUGAGAUGAUCCGCUCCAUUGAGAGAAGGCGCUCUGAGGUGACAGAGCUGAUCAGAGCUCAGGAGAAGGCUGAGGUGAGUCGGGCUGAAGGACUCCUGAAGAGACUGGAGCAGGAGAUUGCUGAGCUGAAGAGGAGAGAUGCUGAACUGGAGCAGCUUUCACACACAGAGGAUCACAUCCAUUUCCUCAAGAAAGUCCCUUCAAUCAGAGACUCUCCUCGCUCUAAAGAUUUACCCAGCAUGACCUUCAGCCAACGUUUCUCUUUUGAGGCUGUGAAGGAAUCUGUCUCCCUAAUGAAGACGCAACUCGAUAACAUCUUCAAGCAGGAAGGAGCUAAGAUAUCUGCAGCAGUGUCUGAUGUCCAGGCUGUUUUUACUGAGCCAGUAACCAGAGAGGAGUUCUUAAAAUACUCCUGUCACUUCACACUGGAUCCAAACACAGCACACAGAAACCUCCAUCUGUCUGAGGGGAACAGGAGGGUGGAGUGCAGAGAUAAGAGCCAGUCAUAUCCUGAUCAUCCAGAGAGAUUUGAUGGGUCUUAUCAGGUGCUGUGUAGAGGGGGUGUGUCUGGACGCUGCUACUGGGAGGUGGAGUGCAGUGGGCAGGGGGUUAAUAUAGCCGUCUCAUAUAAAAGCAUCAGCAGGAAAGGACGGGGUGUUGAGUGUGGGUUUGGACGUAAUGAUCAGUCCUGGAAGCUGCGCCGCCUCAGCUCCAUCUUUGGCUCCGGCUGCUAUUUCUGGCACAAUAAUAAAGAGACUAAACUCCCUCUAGUGGCCAGCUCCAGAAUAGGACUGUAUGUGGAUCACAGGGCAGGAACUCUGGCCUUCUACAGCAUCUCUGACACAAUGACCCUCCUGCACAGAGUCCAGACCACAUUCACUCACACACUCUACCCUGGGUUUUGGAUUGGCUCUGGAUCAUCAAUGAAGCUGUUAUAACACACACCAUUUGGAGCAGGACAGAAAUGUAAAGACCUCAGAUACAGAUAGAUGCUGUUAUCAUACACACACACACACACACACACACACACACACACACAUACACACACACACUCAAACACACGCACACA